UGGCUAGCCUCAAGGCAUACUUCAAGCGCAAUGUGCUACAAAGGAACUCAGCCUGCGCACUCGAUCACUAUAAGGUUCUGAAAUCCACGACUCUGAGCUCAUGUCAAGAUGAACCAUCCAUGGAUCGAGGCUUUCAAGCAGUGGGCUUCCUUCACCCAGCCCAACGAUAAAUCAUCAGGAAAUUUUCUGCCUUCAUCCUCAAGCAGAACAGAACGCUCGUUGGGUGACAACCGUCCAAUUUCUGAAGAAGUUUCGCAAAUGGUACCGUCGAGGGAAACUACAAUGGUCCAAGAUUUGCCCCAAUCGCGCCGCGAUGUUCCUUAUGAAGUGAAAACCCCACCUAAAUACCCUUGGAGGGUUGUGGACGCACGUGCAUUCGUGUACACAGGAGCAAUUCGCCUGGUGCUGAUCGAGGAUAUCCGCGACCUGGACGUGAUUGCCAUUUCUUACACUUGGUCAGAGGACAUGAAGAAGUGGAGGGAGUGCAUCUGCAAGCCAGAGGGUCGCACCUACGAAGAACGGAUCGGUCGUGGCUCAAGGAACCUUUCCACCUCUACACCCGCCACCGACACAGACAGUCUAUCCAUUGCUCGUGCACAUCUCUUUUUCACCAUCGUCGCAUUCCUCGUACUCACUAGAGGAAAAAAGUUUUUCUGGAUGGACAUUGUUUGCAUUGAUCAAGACAAGCGGGGGGAGAAAGAAUUUUUCGUACCUCAAAUGGGACACUUAUACCGCAGUGCAUUCGAGACCCACGCAUACCCACUCGGAGCUGAGAUUGCAUCUUCCGUCUUCAGCAACCAAUUAUACUUUCCUAUCUGGGAAACGAGAGCUUGGACGGUGCAGGAGCAGAUAUUGUCGAAGCAGGUGCUCUUUUGCUACGCCUUCCACGGAGACGCUAGGGACGAUUUGAAGAAAGCAGCUUCGCAUGUUGCAGACUCUGACCAUGAAGACGUCAUUGACUUGAAAACUCCCGCGUUGGACAGAUACCGGCACGUCUCCGGCAUGUACGUGCUAGAGAAGAUGGGACGCAUGAUCACCUGCUACAUGGAAGAGGAGUCGGACGGAUUUGGUGGUAACCUCCCUCUCAGCGCAUUCUUGCAUAUGGAGAUAGAAACUCGCGGUAGUUGGAGCCAGAGUGGGAAAGCUAUAGGACGAAGUGCGAAAUACAAGGUCAUGCAGAAUGCGAGGAAAUUACUAGAAGAGCAGAACGCACCCGAGGUUGCAAGGAUAUCUCUGGCAACAUUAGGAGAUCGAACCGCGACAUGUUCAGAAGACAUGAUAUAUUCUGUCCUCGGAGUAUUGGAGUUGGACGACUUCAAAGUCACGUAUGACAUUGGAUUUGAAGAAGCCAGAUUACGUGCCUUUGAAGCUCUUGGCCCCAAGGUGCUCGCAUAUAUCAUCGGCGCCGACUGGGGAUCCAACCAUAAUAGCAGGAACAACGACUCUGCACUCCCCCGCGUGGUCGCUUCCUCACCUAUUACAGGAAUACUAUCCCUCAAACCCGCUAUCCUGAACUGCAAAUAUAACAGGAGCGUUGGUACGCAGAUGUACUGUCGACACGAGAGGCUUCGCGUCUGGAAAGCCCAACCAGACGUUUGGCAGGGCGGGAGCGUCGUAAGGACGACAUUUGGGAAUGAUGGGCUUAUGAUGAUGCAGGGAGCAAGCGUCUUUGAUGCCCCCGAGUUUGCAUGCGACCCCAUUACAGCUAUCCCACCGCAUCUGACAAAGGUGAUCAUCAUCGAGAUGUCUGCUUUCGGCCUCACGGACGAGGAAAUUCACGCCAAAGACUUCGGAAUUGACAAAAUAGUUGAAUUCGUGGAGAUCGGAAUGUGCACUUCCGUGCUCGUUCUGCCGGAUCAAUGGGAGCUUAGCACGAAGACAUCCCUGUUGACUUUGUGCUGCGAACGAACGGUAUCAGGCAACCUCGUGAAUAGAGGAACAGCGCUGAUCAUGGAUGCUUCUGCAUUAUCACCGGCGUACUCAAAUAUCGUAGUGCAGUAGGACCCAUACGAACGCAUCCACCUGUUUACUGCUCCCGGUUUUCUGACUCUGAAAUUCGCAUUU